AUGGAUAUCAUUGGUACGUACUCGAUCUGCUACUCAGAAGAUAGCGCCGCGGAAAAGCAGGCCAUGUCCUCCGACAGGCGAAGCAACAGGUUACAGGAAUUGCAAGAACGGGCCUGCCGGCGCGCCGCGGCUUCGCUAGGGCAGUGCACAGACACCGCCCGUGACGUCACGGGCGGCGCGCCGCAGCGCCUCUGGUGGGCCCGGCAGCAGCUUCAAGAAACGUCAGUUCAAGUUCAGGCGGCGUCUGCGCCGGUCACAGCCGAGCGACCGGCAUGCGCCUCGUCCCGACUUAGCUGCUACUCAUUCGUAACGACGACUCCACCGAAAGCGCGCACCAUGAGCCUCGCGAUCGAGAAGCACGACAACGCGUUCAAAGGCCUCAACAGUGCCUUGCUGUUGGCAUGUGAGGCCGAACCAGAAGCAUAUAACAACAACGACUCGCUGGACUCCGGCAUCGCUGGAAUCAAAGACCCGCACAGCUACAGCGGCCGCAACAAUGAUGCAGAGGCGCCCGUCGCGGAGUACAUUGUCGACCCCACCACUCGUACGACUUAUCUAAAGGGCAAAUUCCUCGGAAAGGGUGGCUUCGCACGUGUCCACGAGUUGAUGGACCUAACGACGGAUACAGUGUACGCUGGCAAGAUCAUCCCGAAGAACAGGAUCACCAAGCGACACCAUAUCCACAAGAUCGCACGAGAGAUUUUUAUACAUAGAGGUCUGGUGCACAAACAUGUUGUUCGGCUGCAUCAUUUCUUCGAGGAUGCUCUCAAUGCAUAUAUAAUUCUGGAGAACUGUCCCCGAAAGUCACUGGUGCAUGUCCUGAAACACAGGUGGACAAUCACAGAGCCAGAAGUUCGAUAUUACUUAAGUCAGCUUGUGUCUGGUGUUCAGUACAUUCACAGUCAGAAUGUAAUCCACAGAGACCUGAAACCUGGUAACAUGUUCCUCAGUGAAAGUAUGGUGGUGAAGUUAGGUGACUUUGGACUUGCUAUGCAAAUUGAUGGUGACAAAAGAGUCUCUAUAUGUGGCACCCCAAAUUAUAUCGCUCCAGAAGUUCUGAACAAGCUCAGCUAUAGCUUUGAAGCCGAUGUGUGGGCUAUAGGCUGCAUAAUGUUUGCUAUGCUAGUUGGGCAGCCUCCCUUUGAAACAGCAACACUGAAAGACACAUAUGCAAGGAUUGUAAGUAACAAGUACACACUUCCACCAUGUGUAUCAGAAACUGCGUGUUCCUUGAUAAGAGUGUUGCUGCAGCCACUUCCAGAGGAUCGUCCAAAACUGGAGGACAUAUGUAAACAUGAAUUCUUUACAAGUGGUUAUACUCCAGAAACAUUGUCUCCAUCUUGCUGUUACACAGUUCCAAACUUUCCCAAUGUAGUAACUGACAGGUCAACAGUCCAGUUGCAACCUAGAAUUGCUAAUCCCAAACAUGUGGAAGAUCAACACACAAAAGAUAGACUUAAAAACCAGACACACAGAGUUGCACAACAGUUCAAGCCCAGAGCUCCAAACCCAACAUUGCAAGAGGAGCCACAAUUAAAGGCCAGAGUCAAUGGGCUAUUGCCAAAGGAAGACAAAGGACUAAACUUUUCACAGAGAAGUGAACCAAAGCCUCCAAUGAAGAAAAAAUCUAUGCUUAAACUACAGUCAGCACCAAAGAGUCCUGACCUAAGUGAAAAGAAAGAAAAAUCUGUAACAAGAGAAAGUGGAUCAAGUGUGGGCUGCAUGCCAACUCCAAGCCGUAAGGAACUACGUGCAGCUUCAUCUCUGAAACAAAUGAUUAGCAGUGUGCUUUGUCCUGAUAAGCUAAGUCUGUGCCGUAAGCGUGUGUGUAAUGCUGUUACCCUCUAUAGAUUUCUUACUGAAUGUUUCAACAGUAUGCCAACAGAUGGUGGAAAAGCUAAUCCUCACCCAGUAAAUUGCAGACCUCUCUUUGUAUCCAAGUGGAUUGAUUAUUCAAAUAAAUAUGGCUUCGGUUUUCAGUUGUCAGAUAAAUCUGUUGGUGUGCUUUUUAAUGAUAGCACACGAAUUAGUUUCAAUGCUGACAGAAGUCGUGUGGAAUUUCAUGAUGCAAAUGGGAAAAUUACAGCACAUCCGAUACAUUCUGUGCCAGCUGCACUGCAGGAACGCUUAACUGUUCUGCGUUACUUCAGUCACUACAUGGAUGAGCAUUUAACAGAGGGUGGUGACGGAAUGCGUACAACAAGUCGUCGCAGGUUGCCUGUUCCACAUAUGCGUCGCUGGGUUCGCACAAAUGCAGUCAUAAUAAUGGAGCUCUGCAAUGGCACUAUUCAGAUAAAUUUCUUCAAGAAUCACACAAAACUGAUACUGUCAGACUGGAAACAGGGGCUGCUUGUAACAUACAUCAACAGUGAACGUCAGAGUGUGUCAUACUGGCUGCAUGAAAUUGAACUUGUUGGUUGUGACAGUGACAUUCUCGACAGACUGAAAAUAGCAGCAGCAAUAUUGCGAGAAUUUGCUGAACUUGAUGGAGAGGUUGUGUAACUGUUUAAUGUUAACAAAUGUAGUUUCUGUGAUUAUGUGAGAUUUAAAAACUGUUAUGAGCAGUUUUACAUUAUUGAUGUUGAUUGAUUUUUACUACAUAAUAAUAAGCUGUUGUACUUGUGUGUGUUACAGUGGUGGAGUGAAAGAGGGAGAAGAGUGUAAAUUUUUUGCAAAAUAGUUUUCCUUUCAGUAGUUUCAUGUUUGUUUGAAGUAUAAGCUACUGAUGUAAAGGAAAGGAAGAUGAAUGAUCUGCAUUUCAACAGUUUUCAGUAUAAUUAUGCUGAUAGUAAAAUAUUAUAUUUUUUAAUUAUGUUGAACUUUGUUUUCAACAAAACUUAAAAAAGAAAGAUAAAAAAAUUGUUUGAUUGGAAAGAGAGAAUUGUGAUAAAGGUGAGGAUUAAUGUAACUUGGAAGUAAAACUUGAAGUAACUCUACUUUUACACAAAACAGAGCAGUAAAAGUGAGUGUAAUUGCUAUGUUAAUUUUCUGGGAAAUAAUUACAUAUGAAUAUGUACAUAAAAUAGUUCAUUUUAGUUUUAAAUGAGAAGUUCGUUAAAGUAGAUGUCUGUGCUGUUUAGAAUUUGAAAUAUUGCUCAUGUUGGUACAAAGUUAACCAAUUUAUGUAUGUGUGUGUUUGUACAUAGUAUUUAAUUAUUUGCGAUUGACUUUAAAUACAAGAAACAGCCAGAUAUUGGA